GGACGUGACACAAAGGAGACCAGCCUUCAAGCACACAACAAAGAACAACACACGCUGUCCAAAAACAGUUUUCAGAAGAAUAAUAUUCUUUGGGAACUUUUACACUUUAUUGCAACAGAAAGAUCAUCACCGGACAAAAUAUCAAAAAAGCAGAAGUAAAGAUGAAAUUCUUAGUCAUCCUUUGUUUUGUCGCAGUUGUCCAUACUGAAGUUGCUUUUUCAAAGCGGUCACAUAAAAAGAAGUGGUCACCGAAACAUACAAACUUGCAUCCUACACGCUUGCAUCACGAUGAUGCUUCUGAGGAGUGUCUGUCAGGCAAUGGUAGCAAUUACAGAGGAUCUGUUUCCAAAACAGUUAAUGGCCACCAGUGUCUUAAUUGGAACAGGUUCCCAAACCCCUGGGGGGCCAAAUCUGGAAUCGGGAAUCAUAGAUACUGCAGGAAUCCUGACCAAAGCUUCAGGCCAUGGUGUCGCAUUAAAAGAGGAAGGAGAAUCGUCAGAGAAGUCUGUUACAUUCCUAAGUGUUCCACAACUGUAAAGCCUCCUGUUGCUGUAGAUACAGAACUGACAUGCGGUGAGAAGUCUGAGAAAAGGAUGCACAAGAUCAUAGGUGGUUCGUUUGUAGCAGCGCGGUCGCAGCCGUGGUUUGCUGCCAUUUUUCGUCACAAGUUCCUUUGCGGUGGCUCUCUCAUUGCCCCGUGCUGGGUGCUCACAGCUGCACAUUGCUUUGAUGGUCAAGAAAUCAACCUCCGACGUCUGACUGUGUUCCUUGGGAAGAGCACCAUCAAUGAAACAGAUGCUGUCAAUGAGCAGAAAUUCACAGUGGAGAAACUGAUUCUUCACCAAGCAUACAAUGGGAUAGACGGCGAGAACUACAACAAUGACAUAGCUCUGUUGAAGAUUAAAAGCAGCGAUGGCAGAUGCGCCGUGCGAUCAGAAUCUGUUCGGACCGUUUGUCUUCCGCCACCUCACAUUCGACUUCCUGAUGGUUCUCAGUGCAUCAUCACAGGAUUUGGCAAGGAAAAUAACAAUACAGGGGGGCCGCUACACUCUCAGUUCUUGAAGGAGGCCCGUGUGAAUCUCCUCUCUCAGACUCGCUGCAAAAAGUACUCAGAGUACGCAGGUAUUCUCACAGACAACAUGUUCUGUGCCGCGGUACCCGACUGGAGUGUGGAUGCAUGCGAGGGCGACUCUGGUGGGCCACUAGUGUGUGAGGCGUCUGGUCGGCUGUUUCAAUUUGGUAUCGUGAGCUGGGGCAUCGGCUGCGCUCAGGAGAACAAUCCUGGGGUUUACACGCAACUCACCAACUACAACAAAUGGAUUGCAAAGAACACAGGACUACCGCAGUAUACAAAUGGAAUCAUGUACACCCCAAAAUGAAGCUGUUGGGGGGCAAAUAGACCUGGGUAGUAACAUUGAUUUCCAAAAGGAAAAUUUGGCAGCAGAGUUGAAUGUUUGGCGUGGUGCAUGCUGGUUGUGCACUUUUCUAUGUUAUUUUCACUGUAUACAAAGUGGCAGGUGACAGGCAUUGACAUAUUUAACAUGGACACGGAAUUCCUUAGAGGAUCUAUCGUCAUUUUUCCAAAACAAUGUUUUUCAGUAUGUUAUGAAGUCAUAAAAAGAAAGAAAACGCAUGAAUGAUAUGGUGUGUCUAAACUUUUGGCCUGCAUUGUAUAUUAUAUAUAUUUUUAAAUUUAUUAAUAUAUAUAUUUUUUACAGACUUUUUUUGUUGUUGACAUUUUUCGAUAUUUGACAUAUUGAGGGUUGUUCCUGAAUAUUACAAAGUGCAUGAAAUGUAACUAUUUUUCUACUAUGUAAAAGAGCUUGUGUUU